AUGCCGGCCGCCCGCCCACGGCCCCCCGCCGGGCCCGGGGCCCCCGCCGAGCCAGGCCCCGGGGCCCCCCCCAGCAGAGGCCUACUCCAGGAGAUCCGCCGGCAGCUGGCCAGGAUGGAGCAGACGCACACACAGACGCACACACAGACGCACACACAGACGCACACACAGACACACACACAGACACACACACAGACGCACACACAGACGCACACACACCCAUCACCCCCCCCAGAGGCGACGGAGCCGACAGAACGCACACACGGACCAGUCGCCGAGGCGCAGCCUUUACCCGGGACCCGCCCCCCGGGGGACUCAGGGAUCGAGGCGGCCGACCUCACCAGCCUCCUGGAGCAGUUUGAGGAGACGCAAGCCAAGGUGAACCUGGGGCAGCUGCAGGGCUCUCCAGGGAACGGUUCUGAAGAGCGCAGGACUCUGCAGGCUGGCUCCUCUGCAGAGAGCCGUGGGAGCAGCCCAGUGGACCGGAACCCCCACGCCCCGCAAGCCACAAGCCCUCCCGUCCCGUCCCACGGCGUUCCCGACGGCGUUCCCGACGGCGUUCCCGACGGCGUUCCCGACGGCGUUCCCGGCGGCGUUCCCGGCGGCGUUCCCGGCGGCGUUCCCGACGGCGUUCCCGGCGGCGUUCCCGACGGCGUUCCCGGCGGCGUUCCCGACGGCGUUCCCGGCGGCGUUCCCGGCGCCCCGGAUCCGUCCCAGGCCAGGCAGCAGUGGAAGCCCCCCAUGUCGUCCGCUCAGAGGAGGCCGGCCCUCAGAGCGAAGGCCCCGGCGUCCCGCGCCAUCCAGAUCAUCGCCCCCCAGCCGCUGCCCCCCAAGAAGACCCUGAGCCCCCCCAAGCCCGGACCCCCGGCUGCUGAGGCCCCCCCGGCCUGCUCCCACGUGUCGUCCGACCACGACUACUGCGCCCCCCAGGACCGUCCGGUGCGGGACCCCUCGACCCCCCCUGCGGUGACCUCUCACCCCGGGCCGUCCUGCCAGGCCGUCCGUCCCCCCAGGAGCCAGCGGGCCCCCGAGGGCCCCCUGGACACGCCGCCGCCCGCGGAGCCCACGCCGUCUCUCUCCGGGGGGGCGGCGCCGGGCCGUGGCCCCGCCCCCGCCGCGGUGACGGACAGGGGGCCGCAGUGCGUGUUUGCGGCGCCGCCCCCCAGCCCCCCGCGGAGAGGCCGGGAGCGGCAGGCGGCCCGGAGGUACCGCAAGUCCCGGCGCUCCGACUCGGGAUCCAACUCUGCCUCCUCCUCCUCGGAGUCGUCGUCGUCGUCACCCUCCUCCUCCUCCUCCUCCUCCUCCUCCGGCAGCUCGGGCAGCCCGUCUCCCAAGAGGAAGAGGUUCUGUCCUCAGCGUUCCGAGAGCAGCUCCGGUUCCUCGUCCAGCUCCGGUUCCCGCUCCCCCCGCCGGCGGUACCACUUCACCGUCUCCCGCUCGCGCUCCAGCGGCUCCCGGUCCUGGUCGCGGUCACGGUCCCCCCGGAGCCACCGGAGGCGCUGGGGGGCUGAGGGGUACAGCAGGAGCAGGGAGGCGCGCCGGCUCCAACGCCGCCGGGAGACCAGGCUCCACAAGCUCAAGGCCAUCGACGAGCGCCGGGUGGUGUACGUGGGGCGCAUCCGGAGAACCAUGACCCACGACGAGCUGCGGGAACGCUUCUCCCUGAUCGGGGACGUGGAGGGCGUCUCGCUGCACUUCAGGGAGCGGAGCGACAGCUACGGCUUCGUGACGUUCCUCCACAUGGAGGACGCCUUCGCCGCCAUCGAGAACGGCGGCAAGCUGCGGCGGCCGGACGAGCGACCCUUCGACCUCUGCUUCGGCGGCCGGCGCCAGUUCUGCAAGUCUGACUACGCUGACCUGGACUCAACCAAAGACGAUGAAGCUGGAGGCCGGUUUGAAGACCUGGACUUUGAUUCGCUGCUGAAGCAGGCCCAGAAGGGGGCGGAGAGCUAGAAGACCCGGGAGCUACGGCCCGGAGCCACGGACCGGAGCCACGGGCCGGAGCCACGGGCUACAUACUCUGAGGAUAUAUACAUACUAUGGAGUACUGAUACUACAUACUAUGAGGAUAUAUACAUACUAUGGAGUACUGAUACUACAUACUAUGAGGAUAUAUACAUACUAUGGAGUACUGAUACUACAUACUAUGAGGAUAUAUACAUACUAUGGAGUACUGAUACUACAUACUAUGAGGAUAUAUACAUACUAUGGAGUACUGAUACUACAUACUAUGAGGAUAUAUACAUACUAUGGAGUACUGAUACUACAUACUCUGAGGAUAUAUACAUACUAUGGAGUACUGAUACUACAUACUAUGAGGAUAUAUACAUACUAUGGAGUACUGAUACUACAUACUAUGAGGAUAUAUACAUACUAUGGAGUACUGAUACUACAUACUAUGAGGAUAUAUACAUACUAUGGAGUACUGAUACUACAUACUAUGAGGAUAUAUACAUACUAUGGAGUACUGAUACUACAUACUAUGAGGAUAUAUACAUACUGUUAGCACUAUGGAGUUCAACCGUUUGUGUUUGUUUUGACGUUCUUGUCUUUUUGUUAAUAUUUUUACGUUGUAAUAUAUUGUUAUAUAUGGGCGGGGGGGGGGAAAGUGGGCG